UUUGCGAUAUAUCAAUCCUUAGAAAUCCGGAAAUUCUCUAGAACAUACAACAGAGAUAAACACGUCUAAUUAACUGACGUAAUAUAAAUAUUAAAAAAUAAUUAUAAUGUAAUCAGCAUAUAAACAUACCCAUACAUGUGAGAAAAUUACAUGUGUAAGUUAUAUCUUAACAACUUAUAUUAUAUAGCAACAAUGUGAGUUUGUAUGAGUGAUUUAUCAUUAUCUUUUAUACAUGUACUUCAUGUUUAUGUGAUCUAAUGAUCUGGCAACUUUAAUCUAUGCAUUUUAAAUAUUAGAGAUAGUAUAAAUAUGAUGCUGUUAAGCUCCAGUUCGUUAUUGUACAAGUACGUUUAAACAUAUAGCGGUAUAAUUUUAUUCAUUCAUUUAAGAUGGAGAAGCUUAUAUUCUAUAUUUGCACUUUUGCGCUAAUUUCUUUUACUGUUGGCGCAAAAUUGGGAUCCUCCACCGAACAUUACAAUACUUGCUUAACUGAAAAUAAUGUCUCUGAUGAUGACAUGUUUACCGUAAAAGGUGUAAUAUUUGACAUAUACAAUGUCUUUCUUAAUGAAUCCGAAAAACAAGAGAAUAUUAAAAAGAAUGGUUGCGUCCUGCAAUGUAUAUUAGAAAAAUUUGGAAUUAUGGAAGGAUCGGAAUAUGACGUAGAAAAAAUGCGUAGCGAGACAAUCCCUGAAAAUAUUGAUGAAUCAACAAAAUUAAAUAUGCUUAAAGGUCUGAAUAACUGCAUAAAUGAAACAAAGGAUCUUACAGAAAAAUGUGAAAAAAGCUUCAAUCUUGUAGCAUGUGGCCUAAAAUCUAAAUUUCUUGUAUAUUUUGAUCUUAUAUUUCAAGGAGUUAAUAUAACCCAGAUAGCAGAUACACGUUUUAUAAGUGUUUUAUAAGCGUUUUUCCGAAACGUUUUAUAACCGAUUUCUAGAAACGUUUCUCAUGAGUAAAAAUGUCCAUUCGAAAAACAUUCAAUGAAACGUUUUUUUUCCGAUAAAAUAACGUUUAAAAAACUA